AAUUCUUCAGUUGCUAUACUAUAUCUUCCAUUUUACUUUUUGGCUAUGUAAUGUAUAUUACAUGUUACACUUUGAUUUCUUAUCUUCUUUAUCACAUAUGGUGUUUUAUUUUAUUUUUUUCCAUUCUCUUCGAUAGUCUCUAAAAUAUGAAUGAAUAAAUUUAUUUCAAGAAUAUGCAUGUUAAAAAUUAGAAUUAAAAAUGAACCGUAACAAUUUUGUAAUAUAAUGACAUAACUUUGAACAUGAAUCGCCAUAAUUUCGUUUUAAUUGAUGUAAAAAGACUCAGAAUUAAACACCUUUAGCAAUGAAAAUUAGUCUCAUUAGUUGGUUAAAAUAGGACGAAAAGUUUAAAUAUUUUUUGGUAAACCAUAAAUUUCUUAGUUUUUGGUAUCCCUAGAUAUGACUGAAAUAGAAGAGAACAAGAAAAUUUCUAAAAUUUUAAGCUAUGAUGUCUAUUUUGAGAAAAUUCAAUCCAGGAAAAAGUUACCUAGAGUACUGCAGGAGACUUUAAUAGAUGCAUUCGCAAGGAUUCCAGUUUCUUCAUUCCCAAUAGUCACUAGAGGAAAAGUCAUUGAGAUUCUAGCAAACACAUCAGUUGCUGAUAUAGUAAAGAUACUUUAUGAAUGCAACAUCUUAUCAGCUUCUGUCAAAAACUCACAAGCAAGUGCUAGUUUAGAUUGGAGAGAUGGAUACCUAGGUAUCAUUGAUUACUCUGCCCUAAUUUUGUGGGUUUUGGAAGGUGCAGAACUUGUUGCAGUAGCCUUAUCAGCUAGCGCCGCGACAACAGCCGAGGUUGGUGCAGGUGCGGUUGAUGCUCAUGGAGCCGUAGCAUUGUGUGUGCCAGGUCCCGCUGCAGUGGCAGGACUAACUGCUGCCGCAGUUGGUGUUGCCGUCAUUGGUGGCGUCACAGCAGAUAAAGGGGCAGACAAGGAUGCUCCAACUACUGUUGAUAACUUGGGAGAUGAUUUCUAUAAAAUCUUGCUGCAAGAUGAACCCUACAAGUCAACCACUGUCAAAUCUAUACUUAAAUCCUACCAUUGGGCACCACUCACUAUAGCACAAGAUAGUUAUAUGUUGAGUUUCCUACUUCUACUAUCAUAGUAUAGGUUGAGGAUUGUCUCCGUCAUUGAACCAGGCCAACCCGAGAUUAAGAACUAUAUUACUCAGUCCGUCGUUGUUCAAGGUCUUGAAGGAUGCAAAGGAAGGGACUGGUUUGAUUGCAUUGCUACCCUGCCUAUCUCUGAUAUGGGACUUCCAUUCAUGUCUAUUGAUGAGGUUAUUACCAUCCAAAGCAAUGAACUGAUUCUGGAAGCUUUCAAACAAAUGAAGGACAAUCUAAUUGGUGGCCUCCAAGUUGUGCCAAAGAAGAUAGUUGGGAAUUUGAGCAUAAGAGACAUCUGAUACUUGCUGCUGAAACCUAAUCUCUUCUCCAACUUUAGGUAUGAAACGCAAAACUUGGCUGAGCUCAAACGAUUUCUCUUUGAGAAAAAUAUUAAUGAAGAACUAAUGAAGUUUUUGAAAAUAGUAGCUAAAUGCCUUCACUUGUGGCUGAAGAAUAAAGAAGACACUCACUGUUGGGGAUUCAUGAAUACCAUAAUCUUUGCCACCGAAGAAACUGGAAGAUUAGUGCCAGCUAUUAUUGAUUCGACUCUUUGUUCUGUAAUCCAUUAACUUACUUCCAAAUUGGUUCAUAGAAUAUAUGUGGUAACUGGUGAUGACGAGAAUGUUGGCGUUGUUACACUCAGGGAUGUAAUUUCUUGCUUUACUCAUGAACCCCCCAACCAUUUUGAUAACUACUUUGGAUUCGAGAUGAAAGAGAUGUUGAACCAGUAAAACUUUGCAUUUCUGGUCACUAAAAAAAUAAUUUAAGGAUUUGAAUAUUACCAAAAGUUGGUAUGUUGCCCAUGGAACGAUGAACUUGCAGUUAUUUUUAUCUGUACUUGUGUACUCUUGUCAAUUCACUUCUAAUAUACUAAAGCCAGAGAACUUUCUGUA